CGUGUUUCGUGGAAGCCGGUUACUCGCCAAGGUCAAAGAGAGAGAAGUCUCUGGGGAAAAAAACGACGCCUGUGCCGUUCGGCAGUUCAUCUUCAACCACAUUCUCCUCGAGGUUCACGUCGAAGACUAAUCACCGAGAACACACCGUACGAGAUCUAGCUCGCAAUGCAAAACCGGUCAAAACUCAGUAUCGGCGAGCCGAUGCCCUACCCGCGACUCUCGCCUCCGAAGAAGCCUACGCCGAAGAUAAUGCCAUCGCUGAAGCUGUUAGCAUUGCGCGCUCGAGCAAUGUCAGUAUCAUAUGCGCCGGCCGCAAUGCGCACGAACCAGACACGUCUCGUGCACGCUGUAGCAGCCGCGUCUAAUAAGACAAUUUUGGUCCUCUACACCGGAAACCCAAUCGAUGUCAGCGAAGUGAUUGACGAGUUUGACGCCGUGCUUCUCGCGCGUUUUCCUAGACAGGAGGGUGAUAAUGCGGCGGCAGAUGUGUUAACCGGCCGCGUGUCUCCAAACGGUAGGCUGGCAACGACUUGGUUCAAGACGCUGGAGGACGUCCCUAGCUUCAAGCAUUUUCCGCCGCAAAGGCAGGGGGAUGGGAAAGUCACAGUUGAAUACGAAGAGGGUGUUAGAGUUGAUUAUUGAGUGAUCAAGCAGGAAGGGGAGAGUCAAGUGGGCCGUUUGCACAUAGGGGGCUGGAGGUUGAGCUUAAUGACAACGCGU